UUCUAGACGGACGCUGCGGCGGAACACGAUCAUAUAUUUCUCUUUCUUCUUCUGUCAUCGCGAAGAUUGAUUGGGUUCAAUUCAAUUCAUUGAUUUUCUUGACAGUUUUGGUAAUCGAAACUGUCAAUUUCGAUCCUCUUUCGAAACAUUUGCGGAGAGGAAAGUUGAACGAAUUGACUUUGUUGGCGUUUGAUUGAAACAUCUCCGAGGAAGAGGAGAUAGAGAGUGGCGCGGGUCGAUAUAUUGAUCUGCUGCGAUCCUCACGAUGUCUUUUAAUAGACACGCGACGCGCUGCCGAAAGUGCAUUGUGUUAACUAGGCAACUUACGGAUAGCGCGGCUGGCAAGGACGCCGGUGGAAAUGUAACGAGCGCCACAGACAGAUUUUUACGCUCUAUAAAUGAUUUAAAGACCAUCACAAUGUCCAUGCAGAAUCAGUGGAAGCUUAUAUCGCAAUUGAAAGACUAUCUGAACAAGGCCAACUACGAGAAGAAUCAACAGCUCGUUGUCACCAAGGAUUGGCUGGAUAGCCUGCAGAAAUUAACCUAUUCGCAGCUCGAGACGAUACGAAAAUUGGGAUCGUCUUCGGGAUCUGUCAACACCACCGAUACCGACAAGACCUCGAGCACAAAGCACAAAGACGGCAAUGAUCCGGAGAACGUGAAGCUAACGUUAGUGUCCGAGCAAGCAGAAUCGGUCGCCGAUCCCGAUCCAAGAGCCGCGCAACCGAAAACACAACAGCAAACUCGUGAGCCAGGACAGCUAGGCAUCCCCGACAAAGCUGAAUCGAAGGAUGGCGUAACAAUGCUGCAAAUUUUCUCCACGUUGUUCCCCAAGUUAUCUCCCAAAGCUACGCCAAGUGCCGUCGUCAUACCGAAGUGGAAGGUGAACAUCCACAGCAAUAUUCCGAAGCACAGCAUCGUCUCCCGCACGCGUCACGUCUUGAACAGCAUCGCGUCGGCCGAGUCAAAUGCCUCGAAGUUGCGCAGACUGGAGGAUUUGUUGUUGCACGUCGAUCAGUAUCCAGAGGCAAGACAUUAUGCGAUUAAAGAGGGAGCGAUUCGAAUCUUAUUGAGGACUCGUCAAAAGACGAAGGAUGAACAAAUUAAAGCAUCUAUUAGAGAAGCGCUGGCUGUAAUGGGUUACAUCGAUCCUCUACCUGGUCGGGGUAUCAGAAUCCUGUCGAUCGACGGCGGCGGCAUUCGCGGAGUAUUGGUUAUAGAGAUGCUGAAGAAAUUGGAGGAACUCACGGGGAAGAAGACUUACGAAAUGUUCGAUUAUAUAUGCGGCGUGAGCACAGGAGCCAUUCUCGCUGCUGUAUUAGUAUUGCCAAAGGAUAUUUUGGAAGGAGGACACAAGAGAAAGUCAUUGGAUGAAGUUUCGUCAUUGUACAAGGAACUGAGCACCAGGGUAUUCACGCAGAGUGCUAUAAAAGGCACGAGCAGUCUAGUCUGGAGUCACGCGUAUUACGAUACCGCGUUGUGGGAAAAAUUAUUAGCGGAGCAUUUGGGCGACAAGAUUCUUAUUAAGACCACGCGCGAUCCAAAUGCACCGAAGUUUGCAGCAAUAUCCGCCGUGGUAAAUCACGAGCACGUUAUGGCUUACGUGUUUAGAAAUUACACGUUUCCGCACGGAGUGGAGAGCCAGUACAUGGGGUCUCACAAGUACAAAUUGUGGGAAGCUGUGAGAGCGUCAGCUGCUGCACCGAGUUACUUUGAGGAAUAUAAAUACGGCGAUUAUCUUCAUCAGGACGGCGGUAUUCUGGUAAAUAACCCGUGCGCUGUGGCGAUACACGAAGCCAAACAACUGUGGCCGAAUAAUCCGAUCCAAUGCGUCAUAUCAUUCGGAACAGGUCGAAUCCCACAUCGCAUCAACGAAAGCGAAUCUCCAGCGAUAGCACUCUCGAGCUGGAGAGAGAAGUUUUACAAAAUUCUGGAUAGCGCCACCGAUACAGAGGCUGUACAUACGAUGCUCAACGAUCUGCUACCCGAUCACGUUUACUUCAGAUUUAACCCUUAUUUAACGGAAAUGUUAUCGAUGGUGGAAAUCCGACCCGAAAAGAUCAGUCUGAUGGAACAGGAUGCAAGGAUGUACGUACGUCGAAACGAAGAGAAAUUUCAAAAGGCUGCUACGGCUCUAUUGGAAAAACGACGGAUCCAGCAAAAAGUCACGGAUUGGAUUGUGCUGCAAAGACAAUUAUUCGGUUUAUAAAGAGCGAUACUUCAAAUAUCGAUAUGCAUUCCGUAGUGCGAUUUGCGUUUGCAAAAAUCACACGGAUAUUUAUAGUACAAUCUUUUGUACCUCUCACAUGUUGUGACAUCAAGCUAAAACUUUUCAAAUAAUACCUUCUCAAUAAUGCUUUUGAAUAGUACAAUAGAACAGUGCAAUAGACAUAUUUUAAAAUGUGUUGCUAUGCUUUGUAUUAUGCUCGUUUAUAUUAGUUUUUUUUUUGUAACUAGUUAAACUUUUAUUUAAAGUAAUUAGUUCUAAUAAGAUAAUGAUUCGACAUCUAUAUAAAUGAGAAGUUUAUUUUAGAUUAAUGUGGAAUCAUUAUUAGUAUUAGCAUUUGGCUGUGAUAUACUUUGUAGUACAUGAACACGCUUAAGAUUAAUCAGUAUAAUUCUAUAUUUUGUUGUAUACAUUAUUCUGGCAAUAGUGUAAAAUUAUAUAUUUUUAAGUCGACAAGAGCAAAAUGUAUCUUCAUAUCAAAAUAACUUGUGAAUGUGUUAAGUAUAUAUUGAGUAUUUCAUAUAUUUUUCUUCACUAUAAAUAUAUGUAUGCAUGUAUGCAAAAUUUUCAAUAAAAACAUCACAUUUU